AUGUUAGUUACAGCGAGUAUGACGAAUAGUAGCGGUGGACCUAGUGCAGAACUGACAUGGCGAUUGAGAGCAAUUUCUGAGGUUGAGCAGAAGAUAGCAGAUUUGAUAAAACACGCACAAACUUGUAUAAACGAGCUCAGCAAAGAAAAACAGGCAAGAAAGUUGAUCAGCAAAUCCAAAAUGGAGGAGGCGUCGUCAGCAUUCAAAAAGUGCCUUAAUUCAAUUGAAACUGAUUUGAACAGCCAGUUGCAGUACUUAAGUCAUGUUUGCGUUGGGACUCCUCAUCAAGGAUCAACUUUUGCUAGUCAACAAAAUAUAGCUUUAGCAGAACGUACAUUGGCGUCAUUGAAAGAGAACUUAUCAUUUAUACAACAAUUUUACGUUCCAGCAGCAAAUGACUGA